AUUUACACCAAAUCCUUGUGUGAAAGAGAAGCCAAAAAACAGAGAGCUUGUGACAGGGAGAGAAUAACAGAGAACAACAAGAAGUCUUUAUAUCAGAUACUUUUAGGGGACAAUGGCCUCUGCUUCUCUUCUCAAGUCAGCCCCAGUUUUAGGCAAGCCAGAAUGGCUGAAGGGCCAAGCUCUUCCCCAACCUUCAGCCUCUGUGGUCAGAUGCAACCCAGUUGCCUCUUCUGCUCUUACUGUGAGAGCUACCAGCUCAUAUGCUGAUGAGCUUGUCAAAACCGCAAAAACUGUUGCGUCUCCGGGGCGUGGAAUUCUGGCCAUGGAUGAAUCAAAUGCUACUUGUGGGAAAAGACUUGCCUCCAUUGGACUGGAAAACACUGAGGCUAAUCGCCAGGCAUACCGGACGCUGCUCGUUACAGUUCCCGGGCUUGGGCAGUACAUCUCAGGUGCCAUCCUCUUUGAGGAGACACUCUACCAAUCCACAACUGAUGGCAGGAAAAUUGUUGAUGUGCUUGUUGAGCAGAACAUUGUCCCCGGCAUUAAGGUCGACAAGGGUCUGGUUCCUUUGGCCGGAUCAAACAACGAGUCAUGGUGCCAAGGUCUUGAUGGCCUUGCCUCUCGCUCUGCUGCUUAUUACCAACAGGGUGCUCGUUUUGCAAAAUGGCGAACCGUUAUUAGCAUUCCAAAUGGCCCAUCUGAACUGGCUGUGAAGGAAGCAGCCUGGGGUUUGGCUCGUUAUGCUGCCGUCUCUCAGGACAAUGGUUUGGUACCAAUUGUUGAGCCAGAGAUCUUGCUUGAUGGAGAUCAUGGGAUUGACAGGACCUUUGAAGUGGCUAAGAAAGUGUGGGCAGAGGUGUUCUUCUACCUCUCCCAGAACAAUGUCUUGUUUGAAGGCAUCCUUCUCAAGCCAAGCAUGGUCACUCCUGGUGCAGAGGCCAAGGACAGAGCCACACCAGAACAAGUUGCUGACUACACCCUCAGGCUCCUUUGCCAACGAAUCCCCCCUGCCGUCCCAGGAAUCAUGUUUUUGUCUGGUGGGCAGUCAGAGGUAGAGGCUACAUUGAACCUGAAUGCAAUGAACCAAGCUCCCAACCCAUGGCACAUAUCGUUCUCAUAUGCAAGAGCCCUCCAAAACACUUGCCUUAAGAAGUGGGGAGGAAGACCUGAGAAUGUGGAGGAGGCUCAAGAAGCUCUGCUAGUCAGGGCAAAGGCCAACUCUCUUGCUCAGCUUGGAAAAUACACAGGUGAAGGGGAGUCUGAGGAAUCAAAGCAAGGCAUGUUUGUCAAGGGCUACGUUUACUAGGCUUAGACUAGCUGCUAAAUCCUCCAAUUAACCAUGUAAAUCAAGUUGUUUACGAGAUUGAGAUUAAUAUAAAGGGUUUUUAUCACAAA